GGAUGCCAUCCAACCUCCAUUUUUUUCCCCCAAAUGACAUGCUAGACUUAAUUCUGUGUCGCAGCACCCUUUUUUCUGUUAUAUAUUGAUAAUGUCAUUACGUGAGACACACCAGUAUUUCACAGCAAGACCUCGACUUCAUGGAUCUCAUAGGGGAAGACAGACAGUGGACGCUGGGGAGGAAGUUAAUGCAGGUGAAUGACACUCUGACUUCAGAAGACGCAGGACUUCGGAGCAGCAAGAACUGCACUGAACCAGCCCUGCAUGAGUUCCCCAGUGACAUCUUCACCAACGAGGACCGAAGACAGGGGGCAGUGGUUCUCCAUGUGCUCUGUGCCAUGUACAUGUUCUACGCGCUGGCCAUUGUAUGUGACGACUUCUUCGUCCCCUCCUUGGAAAAGAUCUGCGAGCGCCUGCACCUCAGUGAAGAUGUGGCUGGGGCCACGUUCAUGGCGGCGGGCAGUUCGGCCCCAGAGCUGUUCACAUCUGUCAUAGGCGUCUUCAUCACCAAGGGCGACGUGGGAGUUGGGACCAUCGUGGGCUCGGCGGUGUUCAAUAUCCUGUGCAUCAUCGGGGUCUGCGGGCUCUUCGCUGGGCAGGUUGUGGCUCUUUCCUCCUGGUGCCUGCUGAGGGACUCGAUUUACUACACGCUGUCCGUGGUCGCACUCAUCGUGUUCAUUUAUGAUGAACAAGUUUCCUGGUGGGAGUCUUUAGUCCUUGUGCUGAUGUACUUUAUCUACAUCGUCAUCAUGAAAUAUAAUGCGUGCAUACACCAGUGCUUUGAAAGGAGGGCGAAAGGUGCUGGGAACAUGGUCAACGGCUUGGCCAACAACGCUGAAAUCGAUGACAGCAGCAACUGCGACGCAACUGUGGUGCUACUCAAGAAAGCCAAUUUCCACCGCAAAGCGUCAGUGAUCAUGGUGGACGAGCUGCUGUCGGCCUACCCACACCAGCUGUCUUUCUCCGAGGCUGGCCUUCGAAUCAUGAUCACCAGCCACUUCCCCCCCAAGACCAGACUCUCCAUGGCCAGUCGCAUGUUGAUCAAUGAGAGACAAAGGCUGAUAAACAGCAGGGCCUACACCAAUGGGGAGUCCGAGGUGGCCAUCAAAAUCCCAGUCAAGCACCCGGUGGAGAACGGGACGGGGCCCGGCAGUGCCCCAGACAGGGGCGUGAAUGGGACGCGGAGGGACGACCUUGCUGCCGAGGCCGGCGACGAGACCGAGACCGAGAACGAAGACAACGGGGAAGACGAGGAGGGUGACGAAGGGCCCUACACCCCAUUCGACCCCCCCGCUGGCAAACUGGAAACAGUGAAAUGGGUGUUCACCUGGCCACUGAGUUUUGUCUUAUACUUCACUGUACCCAACUGCAACAAGCCCCGCUGGGAGAAGUGGUUUAUGGUGACAUUUGCCUCCUCCACCCUGUGGAUCGCAGCCUUCUCCUACAUGAUGGUGUGGAUGGUCACAAUCAUUGGUUACACGCUGGGGAUUCCUGACGUCAUCAUGGGGAUCACCUUCCUGGCAGCUGGAACCAGUGUGCCUGACUGUAUGGCCAGCCUCAUUGUGGCCAGACAAGGCAUGGGGGACAUGGCCGUGUCCAACUCCAUCGGGAGCAAUGUGUUUGACAUCCUCAUUGGCCUCGGUCUCCCCUGGGCCCUGCAGACUUUGGCUGUGGAUUAUGGAUCCUACAUUCGGCUGAACAGCAGGGGACUAAUCUACUCCGUGGGCCUGCUCCUGGCCUCUGUCUUUGUCACAGUGUUUGGCGUCCACCUGAACAAGUGGCAGCUGGACAGGAAGCUCGGGUGUGGCUGCCUGUUCCUGUACGGCGUGUUCCUGUGCUUCUCCAUCAUGACGGAGUUCAACGUGUUCACCUUCGUGAACUUGCCCAUGUGCGGGGAACACUGAUCCACCGGGCGCCCGCCGAGGCUCAGUUCCUUCUCUUCUGUGCAAUACAAGACCUGGCCGCACCCCGAGUCACAGGGGCCCCCAGGGCCGGGCUUCCGUCUCUCCCUUGCUGUCCACAGGCCUCUGCUCCUGCCUCAGUGGCCCAGGCUCUCCCGCCCCCCCCUCCGC